GUGGUAUGUUUUUACCAGUUCUUUUCUCCAGAGAGGGCCUGAUCAUGCCGAGCCAAUAAAUUCCACCCGGCAUUACGGAUCUACCAGUACCACCUUUUACUUCCACACCUCCCUAUUUACUGCUCACCUCAUCCACCAACAGCGAUUGAAGAAGCUUGGUGUUUCCUUCACAGACCAAAAGCCUGCAACUUCAUUUGACUUCACCUGGGCGUGCUGUCCUUCUUGUCUUGGUGUCAGCCUCAAGAGUCAAGACAACCUCGACGUGUGCCUCUUAGCUCGCUUCCCAUAAAGGAAUCAAUAAAUUUGUCGUUCAAAUUCUUCAAAAACUCGAGCACUUUGAUGCCAUAAGGUGCCCUUCUGCCCUAAUAAUUUCCUUUCUAAAUUUCACCUUUUGUGUUCUUAAGAGUGUUGCAGACAUGGCGGACGGAAACGAAGAGGAAGAAAGGAGUGGUAAAAACCACAACUUUUCGUAAAAUUACCCUAACGUAGUGCCAUCCUCUUUGAUCGCUCCAUGUCCUUGGCUCAAAUGGCCUCCGGAUUCUUUGCCUUUUACCUCUCUGUUUCUCUUCUGCUGAGGUGCUCGGCCUCGCCGGAGCCGAACACGGACGCGUUCUUCGUGGCCGAGUUCUUCCGGAAGAUGGGGGCGGCUGUGGUGCCCAACAAUCGCAAUUUCUCGGAUGUUUGUUCGUGGCCAGGAGUCUCCUGCGAGGGCCAGUUCGGGAAAGUCACCGGCUUGGUGGCUUCCGGCCUCGGACUUUCUGGUCCCAUCCCCGCAACAACCAUCGCGAAGCUUAGCAAGCUACGAGUUUUGGAUCUUGGCAGCAACAAUAUCACCGCCCUUUCAUCGGACUUCGGCGAGCUGUGCGGCUCUCUCUCGCACCUCGACCUUUCCGGCAACACCAUUACGGGGCCACUACCCGCCGACAUCAGCAACUUCAAGCUGAUGGAAAGCCUCGACCUUUCGCGCAACCGGUUCUCCGGCGAGAUUACCAGGGAGGUGGGCUUGCUUACCAACCUCAGGCUCCUUAAUCUGAGGAGCAACUUCUUGGUGAAGAGAAUCCCGGAGACGAUUCGUGGAUGUGCCUCCCUCGUUUCAAUCGACCUCUCCAACAACAAAUUGGGUGGACUUCUUCCUGUUGGAUUCGGCUCUUUCUUCGAGAACCUAACCACUAUGGAUCUCUCUGGGAACCGGUUUGUCGGAAAGAUGCCAAAUUUAUCCAGUUUGCCUUCGCUUGCCUACCUCAAUCUCUCCGGGAAUCACUUCCGUGACUUGGCCCUCGGGGGACUCGGGCAAGCAUUGCAGGUUGUGGACCUGAGCAAGAACCAGUUCCAUGGCCUCAUUUCUCAGGUAAACCUCAGCUCCACCUCCAACUGGUCGUCUCUCGUCUAUCUUGACGUGUCCAUGAACGAACUCACCGGUGAGUUCUUCCCUGGCUUGGGGGGCUUGAAAUCAUUGCAUCAUCUCAAUCUUGCUUUUAACAAGUUUUCCAGCCAGGAUUUUGUUCAUAUAGAGUUGCCCUCUGCACUUCAGUAUCUGAAUCUGUCCAAAACCAAUCUCACUGGGAACAUUCCUUCUGGCUUCGCUCAGUUGCUCAACUUGAAGGUAUUAGACCUUUCACAGAAUCAUCUCAACGGAAGCAUUCCUGAGCUGAACACGAGCAACCUUCGAGUGAUGGAUCUUUCGCGGAACAAUCUCACCGGUGAAAUCCCAAAAUCCUUGCAACAGACUCUACCCAGGAUUGAAAAGUUCAAUGUUUCCUUCAACAAUCUUACUUACUGCGCUGAGAAACUGUCACCUGCAAUGUUUAAUUCUUCGUUUAUUGGGUCACAAAGCGACUGCCCAAUUGCAGUAAAUCCAGAUAAUGCCGUGUCCAAGGGAAGGACAUAUCUGGAUCUCAAGUUAGGAUUUGUUAUUGCUUUAUCGGUUUUCUUUUCAUCAGUGGGGCUGAUCUGCAUUGCACUUGGAUGCAGAAAGAGGACAGGGUCAUGGGCAAUUAAGCAACUGUCAUACAGAGAGGAGCAGAACGUCUCCGGUCCCUUCUGUUUCCAGACUGAUUCAACAACUUGGGUUGCUGAUGUCAAGCUUGCAAGCUCAGUCCCUGUCGUCAUCUUUGAGAAGCCAUUGUUGAACUUGACCUUUGCUGAUCUCUUGAAUGCGACUUCCAAUUUUGACAGAGGAACCUUACUGGAAGAAGGAAAAUUUGGGCCAGUCUACAGAGGAUUUCUUCCUGUAGGCAUUCACGUCGCCAUGAAGGUUCUAGUUCCUGUAUCAUCCGUGACAGACGAGGAAGCUGCACAAGAGCUCGAGAGGCUUGGACAAAUCAAACACCCAAAUUUAGUGCCCUUAACUGGUUACUGCUUAGCCGGGGAACAAAGAAUUGUGAUAUACGAUUACAUGGAGAACGGUAACCUACAGAAUCUACUUCAUGAUUUACCACUAGGUGUACAGUCAACUGAAGAUUGGACGAGUGAUACAUGGGAGCAAGAUAACACUUGUGCACAGAGCAUCACGACUGAAGGACUGACAACUUGGAGAUUCCGACACAAAAUUGCUCUGGGUGCGGCGAGGGCAUUGGCAUUCCUCCAUCAUGGAUGCUUCCCCAUGAUAGUUCACCGAGAUGUCAAGGCGAGUAGCAUUUAUCUUGAUUCAGCUAUGGAACCAAGGCUAGCUGAUUUUGGAUUGUCAAGGUUAGUUGGGAUUGGCAUGGAGAGUGGGAACGUGAUGGUUCAUGGAUCGGCAGGUUACGCUCCUCCAGAGUUGUCGGAAUCUGAAAAUGCAUCAGCAACCACGAAAUCUGACGUUUACACAUUUGGGGUAGUGCUUUUUGAGCUUCUUACGGGGAAAAAACCAAUUGGAGAUGAGUAUUCUGAGGACAAGGAAACUACUCUCGUCGGCUGGGCACGGGCAUUGGUGAGAAGAAACGAGCUGGCCAGUUUAAUGGACCCGAAAAUAAGGGAAACCAGAUCUUGUGAGAAACAAAUGGAGGAAGCACUGAGAAUUGCUUAUCUAUGUACAGCUGAUUUGCCAUCCAAGAGGCCAUCCAUGCAGCAAAUCGUUGGCCUCCUUAAAGACAUUGAGCCUGCCAUCGUUGAUCAUUGAAUUGCAAACCUGGAUUCGGUUUGUUCGUUCUAGCUAGUCUGCUACACUCUCCAUGUGGAGGACAUGAGCUUCUAUGAAGCGAGGUUCUUAUGAUUUUUGCUCUAAUUAUAGCUCAUUAUCUCACACUUAUGAUUCUCUAUCAGUUUAGCUUAACCUCUUUCUGUAUUUCACCCUUUUCUAUUGGCACAAAGUAGCUAACUUUUCAUCAAACUA